AUUCAUACAAUUUGAAAAGAGUUGAAAGGAGAAGAAAUUGACUACAUAAGAUACUCUUUCUUUACUCCUGAACUUAAUUUUGAUGGCGAUUUUUAGCUACUGAUUUCAUGAAUAAUAGUUGGCUUAUUAAACUUUGCAUAUUUCAAUUUUUCUAAGGGACAUUAAGUACGUAAAUUUGAGGUUUCACAUCGGUGAUAUACUUGUGAGUGAGGUAGGACCUGUUUAUAUUGGGAGAAAAAAAGAAUAUGUCUUCAAUGUUGAUAUAGACCGUUUGUCUAUUCCGGAAAUAAAUGACUAUUGCAGAGAUUUUGGGGUUACCAAUAUAGAAAAAAUAUAUAUUGGAGUUGCUCAAGUUGGCAAUUUGGUAGAAUUGGUCAAAGAUAGGGAUUUGUUGGUCUUGGCCAAUUUGUUGGUUGUUGGGGGUAUUAUGGACAUUUAUAUCUUCCAUAAAGGGGAAGUUUUUAUCAAAACAACACAUAUCAAUGAGUCUUUUGAGACCAUAUGCAAUGAAGUAUAUAGACCUAAUAAAGAAUCUACCAACAAAGUUGGUGAAGGUCUCAAUGCACCUUUAGGUAAAAAAAAUAUUACUUAUUGAUGGUAGAGAUCAAAUUUUUCGGGGUCCAACAAUCAAAUCUGAUAGAAAAUGACAGUAGAAACACAAACAAAGCUGAAGAUGAAUUUCAGUUUUCAAGUGAAGAUGAAGAUUCAGAGGAAGAUGAAGCAGAAACAAUUGUGCAUAGUGAUGCUGAAAGUGAUGAGAAUGUUGACUUUUCUAGUGAAGAAGAUGGUUAUGGGAGUGAUAUUCAUGAAUAGCUGAGUAUAGUUAAGAAGGAUUUGAAAGUAUAUUUGAAGAAAAAUAAAGAGCCAAGAAAAAAAAAGAUUGUUGAGUGUUUUCUUGGAGAAGUUGGCAUAGAUCCUGGUUUUGAAGACAUUGAUAAACCCAAAAAUUUUUUUACUGGUAAGAUAGUAGGUGAUGAGCCUUUUUACGACAGUUUUGAAAGUGAAAGUGAGGGGGAAAUAGAUGUUGAAAAAUCUGACAUUUUAAGGGCAAGAAAGAAGGACAAGAGGGUCUCAUAUGAUCCAAUCUGGUCAAAGGUUGUGUGGCAACUUAACAUGGUAUUCGAAAAUGUGAAAAAAUUCAGAGAAGCUUUGAGCAAGUAUGCAAUUGAGAGAGGUUGUCAACUGGAGAAGAUCCACAAUGAUCAAAGAAGGGUCAGAGUAAAAUACAAAUCUAAUGGUUGUCCUUGGAUACUUAUGCAAGCAAAGAUUUCAAAUCUUCUGAUUUCAUCAUAAAAACUUACAAUCCUAGACAUAAGUUUUAUAGAACCAAUUCCAACACAAUGUGCAACUCUAAGUUUUUGGCUAAGUACUAUAAAAGUAGAAUUGUUUCUCAACCUUGCAUAAAGGGAUGGAAAAUACAAGAUUUGGCCGGAACAGACAUGGGAUUGUAUGUUUGUAAGUUCGUGUGUUUAAAGGCCAAAAAAAUAUUGUUGAAAAAGAUAAUGGGUGAUCAUGUUGCUGAGUUCAGUAGAAUCUAUGACUACAGAGAUAUGCUUCUUGAAUCAAAUCCAGGAAGCACUUGUGUGGUGAAAGUGACAAAUUGUGACGAUGAAAAAAAACUCUUUUAUUCCUUUUACAUUUGUUUUUCAGCUUUGAUAAAAGGAUUCAUUGAGGGUUGUAGAAAGUGUAUUGGGUUAGAUGGUUGCUUUUUGAAGGGAAUAUCUAAAGGCCAGCUACUAGUUGCUAUUGCGAAAUGCAAAUAAUCAUAUGUUCCCAAUAGCAUGGGCUGUUGUUGGAACUGAAAGUAGAGAAACUUGGACUUGGUUUUUGAGAAUCUUGAAAUCUGAUUUGGACAUUAAUAAUGAAGGAGAAGGAUUGACUAUUACAAGUGAUAUGCAAAAGGGAUUAUAUUUAGCUGUUCAGGAGUUGCUUCCAGAAUGUGAACAAAGAAUGUGUGCAAGGCAUAUACUUGCAAACUGGUCAAAAAACUGGAAAGGUGUUAAGAAACGAAAGAGAUUUUGGGCUUGUGCUAGAUCAACAUUUGAAGCUCAACUUAGGAAGAACUUGGAUAAAUUAUCACAAUUAGGUGAAGAUAUUUCUAAUGACUUGGUAAACUUCAAUCCUAAUAGAUGAUCCAAACCACAAUUUAGGACAUCUUCAAAAUGUGACAGUAUGGAUAAUAAUAUGGCUGAAAGUUUCAAUGCUUGGGUGUUGGGUGCUAGGCACAAGACUUUCAUCAGUAUGCUUGAAGAAAUAAGGAAAAAGGUAACGAAUAGAUUCACUAAAGUGAUAACAUUUGUAACUAGUUGGAGUCAUGACAUAUCUCCAAUGGCAAUGUUGGUGCUAAAUACAAAUGUGAAGAAGUCAAUGGGGGUGGAAAUUAGUUGGAAUGGUGAUAUUGGGUAUGAAGUCAAGGAUAGUCCAUAUAUACAUGUGGUUAACCUAAUUCAAGGAACUUGUACUUGUAGAAGUUGGGGAUUGAAAGGAAUUCCUUGUGCACAUGCAAUAACAGCUAUACAUCAGAAUGAAGCUAAUAUCCUUCACUCGGUUUGUAAGUGGUAGAAAAAGGAAACUUAUCUGAAAGUGUAUAAACAUUUUUUACAACCAGUAACAAACAUAAAGAUGUGGCCCGAGACAUAGAAUCCAAAAGUUGAGCCACCUUUUGUUAGGAAAAUUCCAGGAAGGCCUGGUAAAAAAAAGAAAAAAGGAACUUGGAGAGGUACCAAGUUCUGGAAAGCUUCCAAAGAGAGGAAAAACCAUGACUUGCUCUGCUUGUAAGUCAAAAGGUCACAAUAUAAGAACAUGUCCAAACAAACCUCCAGCCACUUCAGAGGGUAUUGCUACAUCACAAACAUCCAAAUGUAGUAAAAGAAGUGACAAGCAAAAAUCUCAUCCACCUCAAGCAAUGCAACAAUCUCAGUCUUCUGAACCAUUUCAAGCAAUAGUGCAAAGUGGCAGUGGUAAUAUAAAAGGAGCAAAUGAUGCAUUUAAGAGGCCAAGAGUAGUGGGUUAUGGAGUAUUUGUGAGCAAAGAUGGUUUUAUUUGUGCCGAGCAAGGAAGAUCUAUUAGCAGGGUAAUCAAGAGCGGAGCACAAGAGAAACUGAUAAGUUCAGCUGUUGUCACCGGUGACCUUGGUUAUGCACCAAGUAAAGGUCUUAAAUGGAAGGGGAAAAGUGCUAUCACGGGAAGUCAACUUCAAUAUAAAAGUGCUUUGCUUAGACAGAAGAACAUCAAGUCACAAACUUCAUCGCAAGGUCAGCAUGAACUGAAGGUGUUUAGGGAUGAUGUGGCUGAUUUUUCAUGUGGCUCGAACUAUUUUUAAUUUGCCUAUUUUGGUUGUGAAUAGGACGAUAUCAACUAUUAGUUUUGAAAUUUGAUGUAACUAAACACGGUGACUGAUUUGCAGCCCAAGUAGUUAUUAUAAGCUACUAAACACGGUGACUGAUUUUUCAUGUGGUUCGAAAUGUUCUUAGGUCCUAUAUUUUGGUUGUGAAUAGGAUGGUAUUAAAUUUUGGUUGUGAAUAGGAUGAUAUCAAAUUUUGGUUGUG